CCAAGUGAACAGUGACUAGAGCCCAAGCCUCAGACACACAGCUAGGCAUUUCAGAAAGAAAUCUGAGAGACGCCCAUCCCACAAAGGAAAGGCUCUGUCCUGAGAAUGGCUGGUAGGAGAUAAGUAUCUCCUGAUGUUGGUUAGCAUCAUCCUAACGGCAAAUGCUGUCCUGGAGAAAGGAGGGUGUGCCACACCUCCAGGGCCAGGAGGAUGCCCAGGACCUCCAGGUGCAAGAGGGCCACCUGGUCCCAGAGGGAGACCAGGUUCACCAGAUGGCGGGAAUCCUAGGACAAGUGUAAAAUGCCCGUGCAGCAGAAAGUCCGCCUUCACUGUGAAGCUCAGCGGCCAGCUGCCUUCACCUUCCAAGCCUGUCCCCUUCACAGAGGUCCUGUGCAGUGCCCAGAGAGACCUACAGGAGGACACUGGGGUCUUCACAUGCAGGCCGCCAGGAAAUUACCAUUUCCUCUUCGAUGUGGAUCUCCAUCACUGCAAGGUGACUGUUCAGCUGAUGAGGGACAAAAGUUCUGUCUUAGAAAAGCAUCAGGUCUCCACCAAAGAGCCCAGAAAUCUCUCUGGCAUGUUGACCCUGCCGCUGCACGUAGGCGAGAAGGUGUGGCUGGAAGCAGAAGUGGAAGCCGAGAAACCGGAGCAAGCCAGAGUUACAAUUUAUUUCUCUGGUUUCCUGACAUAGUUCUGGCCUCUUGCAGUAGCAAACGCAAAUCCCUUAUGAUUCUGCUGUCAAAAGCAAGCAAACAAAUAAAUAUGCACUAUAUCUUGA